AUGAACAAAGGGGAAGAUUCCCUGACAUUGGUACGGCAGAUCAGAAACUUUGCGUCCAGAACGAACCCAUCCUCUUCUAAACCGCAGCUGGCACACAGAAAUGGCUCCCCAGACGAAGAAUGUAGACACUCCAGAAACACUCACAAAGUAGCUAUAAGCGGUUUGGGUACCACUACCCACAGAAAGCAGCGACAAGAACCCAAACAAAUGGAACGUCACAGCUGCCACAUAGGGAACUCCACGUCUGUUGACUCUUCUGAAGAAGUUCGGGAAGGGAACCAGUUUCUCGUUCGCCAUGUUGACAAUGGUCCGUGUGCCGAUGUAGAUUGCAGAGUUGAUGGCACUGAGCGAGAUGAUGACAAUGAACGCAUUCACCAGGUGUGGAGAGUCGUAUGGAGCACUGAUACCAAAACUCAAAGUGAUUCCCAAAUAAACGUAAAAGAUACGCACCAAGGUUUGUCUGACGGCAAUAGGAAUAGCUCUGAUAGGGUUUUUGGUUUCUGCAGCGUUCAGGGACAUCAGCUCAAUACCACUGUAAGCGGUAGAACAGUUGACAAUCGCAUUGGCUAG